AUGACAGGCACAGGAGCAAGACCUUUGAACGUAACCGUCGUUGGCGCUGGUAUUGGUGGACUGGCGGUCGCAGCCGCGCUGAGAAAGUGUGGACAUGUUAUCAACGUAUACGAAAGCUUCGAAGUCAAAACAGAAAUCGGCGCCGGAGUUGGAAUGCAAAGCAAUGCCGUCCGUGUGCUCAAAUCUCUGGGUUACAAACGAGAAAAUCUGAAAGGCGGGAUUUUCGAUGGGAUGACAAUCCAUAAUGCCGAAACAGCAAAGUUCAAGAAAUUCCCAACGCGCAACUGGGAUUCCCUUAGAAAAGAGGGCCUCGAGAAUUUCUCAUGUCAUCGCGGCGACCUUCAUGCCGAGCUUCUUCGACUUGCUACCGAGAAAGAUGCUGCCGAUGGGCCGCCUGCAAAAUUGCACUUCGGUAACAAAGUCGUCAGUUGUGACCCAGAGGCUGCAACUAUCACCCUUGCCAACGGUGAAACGGUGACCUCAGAUCUUGUCAUCGGGGCCGAUGGUAUCCAUUCCAUCGUCCGGACAAGCGUCUUGGGGAAAGAGGUCCAAGCAGAACCGACUGGAUGGGCGUGUUACCGCUGCAUGUUCGAUGCAUCCAACAUCAAUGAUCACCCGGAAUUCGACUGGGUUCUUAAGAAUAUGAAUACCAUCCGACAAGAAGGCUCUCAGCUCGCCGAGCACAUCGUCUACGGCGUUCGUGGCAGCACGCUGAUCAACUUUGUUGCGUUCGAUAGCCACGAGGGGCGGGAUACCAAAAGACCUAUCGCGCAACCUGCAACCAAGGAAGAGAUUUGGGCAAGAUACCCGACGUUCCACGAGAAAUUCCGCCAUCUAUUCGACCUUCCUCUUGCGACUCCCGUUCUUCGAUGGGAGCUUCGCGCCUUGCCGCUCCUCCCCACUUGGAUCAAGGGCCGGGCUGCCAUCAUCGGUGAUGCGGCUCACGCGACGCUGCCGCUGCUGGGACAAGGGGCUGGGCUGGCGCUUGAAGAAGCUGGUUGUCUGCGGGUUCUCUUCCCCGCGGGCACAACUCCAGACCAAGUACCCGCCCGACUCGCCGCAUUCCAAGACCUGCGCAAAGAACGCGGGGAGUUUGUCAAUGUGCAGUCCGUUGCCCAGGCAGACCCGGAGUACCGCGUCAAGUUCACGAAAACAUCAUGGGACGAACAACGCGCAAAAAGAGCUUACCCGGGUCCAGUUCCUAGUGCUCGCAAACGGCCAUUCCAACUUGAAUCUCUUCUCGCAUCCCUCCACUUCAACAAAAGCCCUCCAACCAAGGCAACUCUCUCGUAA